AUGAUUUUUUUUUCAUCAUUUGGUGAUAUUGUUGAUGGAACUUUUGAAAGUCGCUCACAAACUGAAUACAAUAUUAUUGAUAGAGCAUGUUAUCGAUUUAUAGAUAAUUGUAAUCAUGAAUUAUGGCCUCUGUGUCUUGAUUGGCGCAAAAUUUGUGAUGGAAAAGCUGAUUGUAUAGAUGCAGAAGAUGAACAAUGGAAUGAGCACAAUUAG